CGGUUCGCGGAGCUCAAGGCUGAGGGAGACGCGUCCCCGACUCCAGGCUGCCAUGAGCACCCCCACCGUACCCCGGGACCUGCAGCUGCCCGCGACUCAGAGAUCCCAGACCGCGUUCAGAGAGCAAAGAAGACAGAAACUUGCAGAACAUCUGUUAAGACGAAAAACAAUGUUUGCAUGCAAACAGGAAAAUAAGAUAGCCAGUAGAGGCCAAAGAGUGAUGACAUCUGAGGACCAGAUCCAAGAAGGGACAAAAGUUUUGAAACAUAAAACAAAAAUGGCCAAUAAAGAAAAUAUCAAAGUACCUACAGAGAACAAAACUAACACAACAGUGGAAAAAAAUUGUACUCCUUUAAAACCUUCUAAUGAAUUAACUGAUUCAGCUACAGCAAUUGAAACACAUAAUUUUGAGGCUGAUAAUAAGACACUGCAGUUGUUACCAAUUAAAGAUGAUCCCCAGAGUCAAACUAUGACAUUAAGUCAGGCAUUUCAUUUUAAAAAAAAUAAUAGAAAACAAGUGACUGCAGAAAAACCAAUGCAAGAUGCUAACAUGCCCAGGAAGCCUGUGCUUGGAUGUUAUCGUGGCCAAAUUGUUCAGUCUAAGAUUAAUUCAUUUAGAAAACCUCUACAAGUCACAGAUGAGAGUUCUGCAACCACAAAGAAACUUUCAUCUACUAUCUCUAAGACCACAAAGCCUGAGCCUGUAAAGACCAGCAGUGUAACAAUGAGAAGUGAUAGAGCCUCAAAUAUGACUGCUACCAGUAAAUCUGUGAGCACUACAUCUCAGAGCACACAACUUAUGCGACCUCCAAUUAGAAAUCACCACAGUAACACCCAGGACACUCUGAAACAAGGCAUCAGCAGAAGCUUUGCCAAUAUUACCAUUCGAAAAGGGCCUUCUGAAAAAGAAUUAUUACAAUCAAAAACAGUUUUAUCUUCUGUCAAAACCAGUUCUUGUCAGGACAUAAAAAGAAAUAAGUCACUGUCAAGAAACACAGCAUCUGAAACUGUAACUAGGCCUGCUUCAUCUUCAAAUACCAAACUGAUAGAAAAGUCAAAAACUAUUGACCAGCGCAGACAUACUAUUGCAAAAGCAACUGUUGAUAGAUCAGCUCAGUCUAAAGAAACUGCAGAAGAGAGAAAAGCUCGUCUGAGUGAGUGGAGAGCCAGCAAAGGAAAAGUGCUGAAAAGGCCUCCUAACUCAGUUAUCCAGCCUGAGCCUGAAGGACAAAAUGAAAAACCAGUCGGGUCCUUUUGGACUACUAUGGCAGAAGAAGAUGAACAAAGAUUAUUUACUGAAAAAGUAAACAAAACAUUUUCUGAGUGCCUGAAUCUGAUUAAUAAGGGUUGUUCAAAAGAAGAAAUACUGGUCACACUAAAUGACCUGAUUAAAAAUAUUCCAGAUGCCAAAAAGCUUGUUAAAUAUUGGAUAUGUCUUGUACGUAUUGAACCAAUCACAAGUCCUAUUGAAAAUAUUAUCUCAAUCUAUGAGGAGGCCAUUCUCUCAGGGGCUCAGCCUAUUGAAGAGAUGCGACAUGCAAUUGUAGAUAUCCUGACAACAAAGAGUCGAGAAAAGGUUAAUUUUGGAGAAAAUAUUGAGGACACUCAUGUAAUCAAGGAGCAAAACCAAGAGGUCAACAUUGAAGAUACAGGUGUUACUCUACAGCCAGGAAAACUGGAAAUGGAGAAUAAGCAUCAUGGAAAUGUGGUAUCUAAAGAUAAUAUAAAAGAACAAGAUGACAAAGUAAAAGAUACAGUGGAUGAAUUUAGAACCCCAGAAACAGAAACUGGAGCAAGUUGCUUAAUUAAAUAUAAUGUAUCUACUACACCAUACUUGCAAAGUAUAAAAAAGAAGAUGCAACUUGAUGAAACAAAUUCCGCACUUAAAGAUCUAAAGUUUCUAACACCAGUAAGACGUUCCAGACGUCUUCAAGAGAAGACUUCUAAAUUGCCAGAUAUGUUAAAAGACCAUUAUCCUUGUGUAUCUUCACUGGAACAGUUAUCAGAGUUAGGAGGUGAAACUGAUGCUUUCGUAUGCCGCCCUAAUGCAGCACUGUGCCCUAUGUUCUCUGAGACAGAUACAACAGAAGAGAUAAAACUUCCAUGAGGAAUGAGGGUUUUUAUUACUCCUGGGAUGGUUUUUGUGGCUUUGUAUUUCCCUUAGGUCUGGAGUUGGCCAAGUAUCUAAGUAUUCAUGGCAGUGAGCUUCUUUAUUAAUAUUCAUAAUACAGGAGGAAUUGCCCUUCUAUGUGGAAAACUGUCCUACCUUGUCAAUCUCAACAGGCUACUUUUCUUUAAUAUAAGUGAAUUUUGUCAGCUUUUUACUGUGUUCCUUAAGAAUAUUAGCUUGUUCAUUUUAUUAAAUGUAAGUACAGUAAUGGUGCAUCAUCAGAAAAUGAGGUGUUCUGGAUAAAAUUUACAUUUUAACACUCAUAUUUUAAAAACUUGAUUCACCUCUGUUUUUAAACAGAAGACAAUUUUUUUGCCUAUUGUUGCUUAGUACGGAAGUCAAAAAUUGGGGCUGGGAAUAGUAGUGUAGUACAUGCUGCUUAUCAUAGCUCAGACCCUCAUUCAAUUCCUAACACUAAAAAAAAAGUUAAAAGUUGUAAUAGGUAAGAGUGACUCCCUUUAAGUAUUAAGACAUAGAAGGUUUAGCUUACUUUCCUACCAGAUUGUUGCGCUCUGUUACAUCCCUUGGACUGCCUAUGGUUCAUAACUGUCACUUUUCAUACGUGAUAGUCUGUAUGUGUGGUCCUUUGCCUCUAUCUUUGCAUCAUAACUGAGGUUCCAAAGAAAGACAGUUAACUAAAUACCCCAUUUCAAACAGAAGGUACUUUGCAUAAGAAAGCCAAAGUGCCAAAAUCUAUAGUCAGUUCCUUUUGUAGUUUGACAGUCUUAAGGUUAAAAAUUUAACAUCCAUAGCUUCAUUUGAUAGUUUAUAAACUAUAUAAGAAUGGAGUUUGGGAAGGAAUGUAUAUGUAAUAAAUGUCAUUUCACUUUAGGUAGCAUUUCUAAAACAACUAGUACUUAAACUUGCUUUUUUCUCCAUAAUAUAAAAAUGUCACUGUUAAAUCAUGUUUUCUGACACAUGAUAAUUACAUACAGUAAGCAGUUUUCUGUUACACAUAAAUACUAUCAAUAAAAAUGUUUUAUA